AUGGAGGUCAUGGGGAAGGAGACUGAAGAAGAGGAGGUGCAUGUAUGCCAGGACUCAACCCUCCGGAUGAAUCCUCCAGCUCUCAAUAAAGAAGGAUCCUUCAAUGUGGAAAACACCACAACUCCUGCAGGUGCUGGUACCAACUAUCCCUUCAAGAAGUGGAUGGACAGCUUCCGGUCCAAGAAACGUGUUUCCCGAAUUCCAGAAGUGUACGUCGAGGGCUGGUUCGACGAGCCUUCGACAGUGACCAACGACACCGAGAUUAGUACAUCACCUCCUCUACAAGACCAACAAUGGGACCGGCUGUCUGGUGGCUCGUCCUCCAUCUUGGGGACCGUCAAAACUGCUAGCAUGAGCCUGGCAACCCAGAGUUUCGCGACCCGAUCGAGGGCGAACACGCAUAGUAGCCAUCAGAGUGCGUCCCAGAGCGACAAUCUAUCCGGCUUUGAGAUGCGACGGUCCGGUGAAAGUGUCAGGCGGACCACCUCGUCCAUGGAGAACGCAGUCAGGAGCCGUGCAGGUAGACGACGUCAUGUCUUGCAUGAGAUCUUCAUCUCCGAAUCGAACUACGUUGAUGGUCUACAGACAUUGAGUAAACGGCUCCUGCAAAUGCAUGAAAAUUUCAAGGAGCGGCUGCAACUCGUCACCCCCUUGUCCGUGGAAAGUCCUCCGGCGGAGAUAUCGACGCUUCAUGGACUGCAGGAAAAAUUGAGAGAUCUGCCACGCUUCAAAAAAUCUCCUAGUCAAUCUCUGCGAACUCGUAAUCUCAAGGCGACAAUAGAUUCUCGAUUGAAACGGGCGACAGCUGAACCUUCGGAGGCUUUGAAAGUCGCUCAAGAGCUCGAAAAGCUGUCUGAAGGCUUUGGGGCCUACGAAGAUUUCUGCAGUAAAUACGAUUUACUCUACGAAGACAUGGACCUUCUGCGCAAAUCAGUUCCUGCCGGUGGCUUUUGGUUUCACGGAAUUGAAGCUUUGGCAAAGUCAGUGGAAUCGACUGAUAGUCGCAAGCAGGGCAACAAGAAGUCCAUGACUAUCGAGGAUCUCCUCAUUAAGCCCGUUCAACGAGUGUGCAAAUAUCAGCUGUUACUCCAGGAAUUGCUCAAGACUACCCCGGCCAGUGAUUGCCCAUCAACUCAUUAUGAAAUCCGUCAGAUCUUAGACAAAGUGCGCCGGAUUGUGGGUCAAAUCAAUACUGCCACUGGCAACCCCGUACUCAAGGAUCGGAUUCACAAGACUGUCAUUUUGCACGGGCGGUUGGAUUAUAGUGGCCAGAGCGUUCUUCACGAUGUCUAUCAACAGCUAGGCCCCCUGAACCUUUGCGGUGUUCUUCAUGUCGCCUACAAGUCAACCGAUCGAAUCACAGGCGAAUAUAUGAUCUGUAUCCUUUUUCCUAGUUACCUGGUCCUUGCAAGAGGUGGGUAUGAGAACCGCAAAUUGAGUGUAGUUGCGUCGCUGUACGUUUUGGAUAUGACUGUCGACAUCCUCUCCAACGGCCAAGGUCUUGUUUGCCACGAUGCGCCAUAUUCUUGGAAGAUUAUCUUCCAGGAUGACCAAAAUCGGUAUGAGCUGAUCCUCAGCGCCUCAUCGGCAACUGAAGAGAGGCAUUGGAAGACUGAACUGCUGAGAGCGUCGGCCAUGUCGCCGAGUGCACUGCCAACCUUAUCACUGGAGCCAAGAGGACUCUUCCUGUUAUCCCUCUCUCUGGUUCCUUUGGGUCGCAUUGACAGCCCGUUGGCAGUCCUUGCUCGGAGACCAUCCACGCGAUCUAUGUCCACUCGCUCGAGUGUGAAACGCCACCUCGAGCGCGUGAUUAUCAAGAAGACACACAAUCCGCUCCAUGACGAAGAUGUUCGGCAGCUUCAUGAAGGCGGGAUUCAACGGUCUCGAUCCGUCGCCAGAGAGAAUUCUCCCACGGUCCUUGCUCCACUGAGGCAGGAUCGAGUCAGGUUGGAACGGAGCAUCGCCGACAUAUUCACCCGGGAUGUUCUUCCAUAUCCUGGCAUGCUCGUCACUCGAGCUGAUUAUCUGCGGACGCAAUCGCUGAUGCGAGGACUUUCUUUCCGCACCCCUUUUAACAGCCGGCGUUCCAGCUCCAUCAGCAAGGGCACCGUCAAGUCCAUCGAGGCCGGGAGUGACACAAAAGACGAAGAUGAUUUGUUUGACAAAGAGGCGGUGCCAUGUUAUCCUCUGCGGGAGGUGGUGUGUCUGGGAGAGGAGCCGGGCGCCGACAAGGGGGCAUCCGAUAGAUCACCUGAGACUAUGCGACAUGCGCCCACAAAAGCAUUCCAGAGUAUGAGACAUGUCAUGAGAGCCAGUUCGGAUUUUAUCGCAUACAGGACAAGCGACACGAAGCUGAGGAGCAAGAGAAGGUCCAUACCAUGGAAGCGGUGGACCUCACCGUUGGCCUUCUUCAGUUCGCUCUCUCCCAGUCGCAGAAGCAGCGCACGAGACAGCAGUGAAGGAUAA